CGCCGAUGAAGACAUCUCAACAUCGACAACGACAGCGACAGUGACUCUCCGCACAGCCUCAACCCGCCAAACUAACGCCUCUGCUGUGUCAUCAAGACACGGUCUCCCUUCCCGGCCCCAGCGCAGCCAUCGCGAACUGCAACCCGUCAUGGCCUCCCAGCUGCUCCCCCUCGAGCUUAUCGACAAGUGUGUCGGCUCACGGAUAUGGGUCAUUAUGAAGGGCGACAAGGAGUUUAGCGGGACGCUCGUCGGCUUCGACGACUACGUCAACAUGGUCUUGGAGGAUGUGACGGAAUUUGACUACAGCGGCAACCACACUUCGCUGCCGAAGAUUCUGUUGAACGGAAACAAUAUUUGCAUGUUGAUCCCUGGAGGCGAGGGGCCCGAGGCAGCCGCGUGAGAACGUGAGUCGGCCUACGAAAAAUGGCUACAACAUGGACCGCCCUCGAGUGGAUGACUGCAGCGAACGCUACGCUAGGCACAGCAUCACUGAGUGCGCGGGGAGCACUGAACUUGAAAGGCCGCCUGUAGCGGGGGGGACUCGUUGCCCCGGCAGAAGCGCUGCGGCGAGAGAACUGCAAUCACGCAGGUAACCGUCAAGAAACACGUCUCGUCAUGGAGUCUACCUUUUGAUCCCUAUUGUGACACAAUGCAAGCUUAGUAUAAAUGGUGGUAUCCCAACGCCAAUCGCCUUUUUA